AAAAUGAUCAAUAGUACUACUCAUAUCAAUAAUGUGUAUCUUCUUUUAAGAGAGUUCAUCAUAAGUAAGCUUGCUUGCAUGGAAGCAACUUGGAAUUGUCUCAGAGUUCUUGAAAGUAUUAAAGUGAGGACAAAGUGUGUGAUAAAAUGUUUGUAUUGGUUUAUAAAGAUGUACCAGAGUUCUUGAGAGUUCCUAUAAAGACAUUGGAAGAGUAACAAUGUUGACCCUGCGAGGCCGGGAGUCACAAUCACUGGCCGCCGCCACCCAACGACACCCCACUUAGAAACACCAUCGACUGUGUGACACCUCUGUUAGUGUCUGCCCAGCUAGUGACACUGCCACCCUAAAACCCGAAUGACUCUACCGCUCAAAUCCAUAGUAAACCCUGACGCCCCUAGUGACCAACCGUAGUCAGUGAAACUCACCUUUGUGACACAUGUCUCGUGGCUUUGACUGGAAUAAUAAAAAACAUGGCAACACGGAUAGUGAUAAUGAACUCAGCCGUGCAAAGUGACUCCCAUUACCUCCGCUGGACACCGCCUCCAGCAGCCACCGACUCCGGCUAACGACUGCAACCACCACACCCAAGCCCCUGCCUCACCCCAACCUCCUCCCCUAUGUCACCCCAGCCCCUGCCUAACCCAACCCCCUCCACUGCGUCACCCCAGCCCUCUGCCUCACCAGCCCCUUUUCCACAGCCCCCAGCCCCAGCGGACAGCCACACAGACUCUUCUCUAUCAGGCCAGCCCACCUCCAUAGCUGCCCACCACACUCACCCAGAUCUGAAACCACGCAGUGACGGCCAAGCGGCAGAGGAAGAGGCGGUCCGGCUGUUCAGGCCCCUCUCUGACUUCGAGGGCGGUGGAUCCGGCAGAUCCGAUUCGUCGUCCAUCGACGUUGGCGGAUCCGGAACCGGCAUCGGUCAAUUGAUUUCGAACGGGAGGCGAUAGAAGAGAUGAAGAAGAAGAGAAGAACCGAAACCCUUGCCGCGUUCGCCCUCCAUUCACAGCGAGAUUCGUUCAUCGACGAAGAAGAAAGGCGAAGAAGAGAAUCGAAAUUGAGACGAGCGGCAUCUGCUGGUGGAGCCGGCGAGCUAUGUCAUCUUUGACGAAGCUCUGGUGGAUGCGUCGGUCUGGAGAGGGAAGAAGACCCGGGAUGCGUAUAUCUGGGCGACUUGGUCUCUUCUCACGCGAUGGAGAAGACCUGGGAUGCGGGUCAGUUUUUAGGGGAAAUUAAAGUGGUCAUAUUUUUUGAAUUAAAA